AUUAUAAGAAGCAUCCAUCUUAUCUCUCACUCAAUUUUGUUCCUCAAAACCCACCAUCUAUCUCUAUCUCUCCCUCUGUAGAUAAUAUGUAACAGCAAAAAUGGGGAGGAGAAGAGAGAAAGAUUCGAGAUCAUCACAAACUUUACCUUCAUCACCUUCUCAUUCUUUCUCUUCCUCUUCUUCGUCAGAUUUUGAGUUCACCAUUUCUUUAUCUCCUCGCAAAUCCUCCACUGCUCUAUGCCCAGCAGACGAGCUUUUCUACAAAGGGCAGCUUUUGCCUCUCCAUCUCUCUCCUCGUAUUUCUAUGGUCCGCACACUUCUUUUAGCUUCUUCAAGCACUUCUUCCUCUUCGGACACCACCACCAUCGCCUCUCGCGACUCCACCGGCAGUUCCAAUGACUCCACGUCCUCGCUGUUCAGUAACGAUCUCGUCUUGCUUGGUGAGUGUGACUCUUCUAGACCUAGUUCGGUCACUGAAGACGACGAGUUCAAGCGGCUUAAUAACAAUUAUAGUCACUUGAAUUCUCAGAUCAAGAAAAGCAACAAAUACUUCUCUUUAUCAAGAUUUUCUUCCGUUUUCAAGAAAGAACCCAAGAACCGUGAAAACGACGUGGUAUCGAGUUCUUCAAUGAAAAGAAUGAGUAACACGGCAAAAGAGGUUAUAAGAAAGUACUUCAAGAAAGUGAAGCCAUUGUACGAGAAACUUUCACAAAAACAACAGCAAAAAAUGGGAGUUGUAAAUCCAAUAAUGUCAUCAACAGCAACAUUAAGCAGUAGUGUCUCUUUCUCUAUUAAAUCGGAGAGAUCUGACGUCUCUAUCAGGAAUAAUACAACGAAAGAAAGCAAUGGGGGAUUUUCUCACUCUUUCUCGGGAAACUUGAGGUAUCCAAGAAGAAGAAGCUGCGUGUCGAGCUGCCCGUCUUCGAUGCGGUCAUCUCCAAGCCACUCUGGCGUGCUUUCUAGAAAAGGCGGGCUUAUGGAUUCAAGCACAACAAGUAGGGUUGGCGGUGGAGUAUAUUAUGCAGAUACUUCAUCAAUGGAGGAGUUGCAGAGUGCCAUUCAAGGUGCAAUCGCUCAUUGCAAGAACUCCAUGAUGCAAAACAAGACUAUGAUCAGUAAUGAAAUCUAAUUAAUUAAUUGUUAAUCAAUGAAUCUUUGAGUUUAAUUAACUGAAGAAAAUUAAGCUAAUUUACUUUUAAUUAAUCUUUUCAGAGACAUGCAUGGGUAAGAUAUUGGUUUUGUCUUUUUUAAUCUUUUAUUUAUGUCUCUUGUGGUUGUAACUUGUAACGUGGAGGUAAAAGCUGCAUGUGGAGUAUUAAUUAAUUCUGUAACACCUUUUUAAUUACUAGCUCGAUAAUAUGUAAUAACGGAUUAAUAACUUGUUAAUUUUUACUACAGUAUAUAUUUGUCGUUUUGUA